UGACAAUAGGGCAAGUCAGGCUGACAGAGGUACUGACGAAGCAGACAGAAGCACCAGCAAGGUGAUAUUAUUGUGCGCCGUUGUGCAUAUCGGCAACAAAGCGUUGAAUCUGCACUAUUCAGAGAUACGAUUUUGCACAGGAAAUCAGACCAGUCCUGUGACGGUUUAUCCUGCUAUACAAUUAAAGUUUCUGCUGAACGGAAUGACAGCACCAGCUAUUGCAUGCAGCGCAAUCUGAAAGGAACAACAGCAGUCACCAGAUCCCUGUGCUCCAGGCAUCUCUCCCAGGCAGAAUGAGCUCCUCUCCCCAUGGGUCCCACGGGUCUGGGUCCCGCGCCUCCAUCGACAUCCUGGAGGAGCUGCAGCUCAUUGCUGCCCAGAACCUGGAGAAGCUAGACAUCAGCAAGUACUAUGAGGUCAUCAGAGAGCUGGGUAAGGGUACCUAUGGGAAAGUGGACCUGGUCAUCCACAAAAUCAGAGGCACUAAGAUGGCUCUGAAGUUCUUGAGGAAGAAAACAACCAAACUGAAGAGCUUCUUAAGGGAGUACAGCAUCUCUCUCUACCUGUCUCCCUGCCCCUUUAUCAUCAACAUGUUCGGCAUUGCCUUUGAGACAGACGACUACUACGUCUUCGCUCAGGAGUAUGCCCUGGCAGGAGACCUCUUCGACAUCAUUCCCCCUCAGGUGGGUCUUCCAGAGACGGUGGCUAAGCGUUGUGUCCACCAGGUGGCCAUCGCCCUGGACUACCUGCACUGUAAGAAGCUAGUCCACCGGGACAUCAAGCCUGAGAACAUCCUUAUCUUUGACAAAGAGUGCCGUAAGGUCAAGCUGUCAGACUUCGGUAUGACGCGGCGUGCCGGCUCCCCAGUGAAGCGUGUCAGCGGAACCAUCCCGUACACAGCACCGGAGUUGUGCGAUGCCUCGCAGCACGAGGGCUUCUGCGUGGACUACAGCACUGACGUGUGGGCCUUCGGUGUCCUCCUCUUCUGCAUGCUCACCGGCAACUUCCCCUGGGAGAAGGCCCUGCCGUCGGACGCCUUCUACCAGGAGUUUGUGCGCUGGCAGCGGCGCCGGACGGGCGCGGUGCCCUCUCAGUGGCGGCGCUUCACAGACGAGGGGCUGCGCAUGUUCCGCAGGCUCCUGUCCAUUGAGCAGGAGCGCCGCUGCUCCGUUAAGGAGGUUUUCAGCUACUUCAACCACCACUGGAUGCUGGACAAUGAGCCGGGUAGCAGCAGCGUUGCAGGAGGAGGGUCAGUGGGUAGUGGGCCCCAGGUGGAGCUCAGCUCGUCGUCAUCUGAAGAGGAUGUGCUGGUGGACAGGCUAAAGCAGCAGAGCCUGAUAGAGCCCAUGGGCGGACACUACUCCUCCACUGGCUCCCCCUCCUCCACCAGCAGCUACGAACGUGUCUCCCGUGACAACGGAGGGACCGGACGCAUCUUGGUGGCCACGCCCAUUGAAAUCUGUGUGUAGAGAUUGGCUAUGGCACCCACAUACACACACUGUAUAAACACUAACAUACGAAGGUCAAAUAACAGAGAACGAUCUUCCUGGUUAAAGGAAGAGGUGGGAGAACAGCCUGUUACUAGAAGUAACAUAGUAAAUGUACAUCCUCGACACUGAAAUUAUUAUGAUAUGUUACUUUUUGUAUGGUUACAUAAGACAGAUGGUUACUUAAGGCAAAAACGAAAGUAGGGGGGUUGGUCGGGCAUAUAACUCGAAUGUCUAGCAACCCAAAGGUUGCAAAUUUGAAUCUCAUCAUGGACAACUCUAGCAACUUUUCAACUACUUACUACUUUUUAGCUACUUACCAUGUUA